UGGGCUAGCACUAGCAACCACUCACGCACAGUGGAGGUUUCCUGAACAUCAUAUCAUGCUGCCUACACCAACGCAAAACAUGGAUGGAAAUCGACCGUUCGCCCAAAUGUCUUACUGCACCGUGGUAGAUAAAAAUGACCAGUGUAAAUUCAUAUGCUACACGCAUAAAGAUUCGGAGAUGUUCAAUGUUGGUUUGACAAAUGCCUCUGAUGUGUGGAGCACAGCUUUCACUGGUGAGACAUUGAACCAGUUUAGACAGAAGUUUGCCUUGAAGUCAACAGCGGAUUAUAUCAUGAAAAUUAGGUCUGCGUGUGGCAGUGGGAGUGUGUCUGUAUCAAUGCAGGACAGCUGUGCAGUGCUCUGUGUAGGCACCAGUCCAGGGGACCUGAAUGUGACUCUGUCCAGACUGAAACAGCCCGAGGCCAAAGAGAAACUGAGAGAGCUGCUGUUUAGAAUGGCAGACAGUCUGACUCGUUUAGACCAUACAACAGGCCCAGCCCCAUUCAGUCCUGGAAAGAGUCCACACAAACGCAGUACAGAUUUUGAGCCAAGGAGACAACCGCAGAGUGGCCAAACUCUGGCAGUCAAGAAGCGUCUUCCAGGAGAUUCUCUUAUCAACCCAGGAACAAGAAGAAAGCAUCCAGCAACCGGGGUGGCAUUUGAUGAGGAAGAUGAUCAAUGAUGAUUUGCUAAAGAGAAAUGACCACAGUUGCCUUCCAUCAUCACUCACAUUUCUGCUGCAUAUAACAAUUUAGUGCAUGAAUGUUAUUUUAUUCCACUGACACUGCAACAUCAUUUUAAAAAUCAACCUAUUUAAUGCUGUCUACAUGAUGACAUAAUCUGCUUUUUAAGGACUCAUAAGGUGUCUCCCAAGUGACACUAUUCCCUAUAUAGUGCUCUACUUCUGACCAUAUGGGCCCAGGUCAAAAGUAGUGCACUAAUUAUGGAAUAGGGUGCCAUUUGGAAAACAACCAUGAUGAUCAUUACCUCAAUCACUGUGUGAAAACUUGAAACAUGGUUUUUAAAUGUAUUUUAAUCUUGACUUCUGUAAUAAACAUUCAUUAAAAAAAUUAAAAAAAA